AGCAAGAAAAUCAUGGGCACGGUCACGUGGUAAAAGCGUCCAGAAAGGACACGGUAUCCUCUAUAACUCACCUCUCCGACGAGAAUCGCCACGCAACGAAAGUUCGCCUCUUGCUCUGUAUUAACACGAUGAUGGAUGCGGACUCUGCGGAUGAUUGGUUUAGUGACGAUAAGAAUAAGCCUUGUAUUUACUACGACUCGAGUCUUGGGAAUCAGCCCGCUUACCAUGCAACAGCCCCUCAGCGAAGCUAGCUGCGACCCGCCCGAAACUAACUACCGUUUGUGCCGUACGCCGACUGGAUUCCAGGCGAGUCUUAUAUCAAAUAGCCGCCGAUCUAUAUAUAUUAUAUCCUGGAAUGGAAAUUUAUAUUUAAAAAUAGAAGUAUUAUAAAGCAAAUGGAGGAGGAACUUAUAGUGGCUUCUAGUAAUUUUUAGAAUGAAG